GGGGGGUUUGUGAGGUUGCUAAAAUCUAGUUACAGUUUUACAUCUAGCCUAGAUUCUAGAUGAUAUAUUUUUACUUUCCUUUUUAUUUGACUAAACUAGACCUCUAAAGUCUAGAUCUAGUCUAAAUCUAGACCAAGUAAAAAAUUCUAAUGGAUAGUAAAGAAGAUGCCCUAGGAAAAAUUUCCAGACAGCUAGCAUCAAUGUCUGGACACAGGAAUGAGAUGAGUAAUGACAGUAGCAUGUGGACACCCUUUAGUGGAAUAUCCGCACAAACCACAGAUGUCCCAUUUGGUAAUUUGUACACCUGGAAUCCUAUGGAUUUGCCAGAUUUUGAACCUCUUACGCCAUCUCCAGGUGCUGCUAAUGUUCCUACCUAUUUAGAUUUAACAGAACAGUCUAGGCUCAGUGAAGUGCACUCUAAUCAGAUGCUUUCACACCAAGGUCUGGAGUCCCAAAAAUACAUUUCAGUUGAUGCAGCUGAAAGAAGACCAGCUCUCAGAGAUGGGAUUAGCCCCCAUGGUUACACAAUUCUAGGGCAAAAUACCAUUCCUUCCAGUUACCAGUAUGAACCUCUAGGUGCUUUAAGUCAUACACAAUCUUCCACUUCUAACCAAAGUAAUCAUUCUGAAAGGUCAAGAGUGCUUCCACAUAGUACUGGUAGCAGUAUUUUUUUAAAUAGCAAGCCAAAUGAAAAUAUUUCCUCAAUAGGAUUUACUUACAACACUAAGCCAGAAGAAAACACUUUUGGACUGGAAUCUUUGACUCGCAACUCUCUCUUUGACCCUCUCAUAGGCCUACCACUUAUAAAUCUUAACAGGAACAUGCCUGAAAAUCCCCAAAGUCUUUCACCUAAACCAUCACUUAGUGACUCUUUCAAUUAUUUGAAUACAUCCAACAUCAAAGUAGACUUAGGCCUUCAUGUUAGUGAUCAGUAUACUAAUAACUCCGAUGGUUUAUCCUUAAAAACUGGAGAUGAAAAUGUUCUGACAUCUGCUAAGAAGAAAUGGCACUCUUUUGAUUCUAGUCUAAAGUGCUCUGAACCAGUGAUGGAACCUGUUGUCUCUGACACUCAGAAGCCAUCUUACUCAGACAUUGCCAAAACACCAAAAUUAAAUAAACCUGAAAAUAUUACAUCUGCAGAGACUGCCAGUAAAUUUCAAGCAUUCAAACAAGUUAAGAAAGAUACAAUGCCCUCACGGCCUCCUGUAAAAAGGACAUCUUCUGGCUCCAAGUACUGGCCUAAAUCUAAUCAGGGCACUGAUACUGAACAGUCUAAACCACCUACAAUGUCUCGAUAUGGUUUAGAUCAUUUCAGUGAACACACAAUCUCUCCAGGCAGCCAAAGUGGCAGCUCAGAAAAUUUAGCCCAAUCGACACGGAGUCGAACCGGUAGUGGCAGUAGUGCUGAAGGCUCAUCUAGUGCACCUGAUGACUUGAAUUCUAAGCUAUCUUUUGCUGAUUCCAAUCUACUUCAUCAGGAGCAAAAAUCUGAGAAGGUUUUCAAAGCUCCAUCUCCAACUGAGCAUGUUUUCUUUGAUCCUAGGAGAAUCUUUCAGACAAAAGCCAAUAACAAAUCUAAAUUACAGCCACAAGCCAAGCUAAAAGAGACCAAUGUGCAUGAUCGAGGUAAAAUACAAAGUGAAACAGUAUUGAAUAACGAUAAGCCCACAGCCAGCAAUGCUUCAUCUAAACUCUCUUCCAGUGCCCGUCAGCAUGACUACAUUAACAAUGACCUUCGAGAUGCCAAUAAACUGACCAAUCAAAUUUCAGCUGAGAAUGGACAAAGCAGCAUGAAUAAAAAUGAAGAUACUCUAAGGGUGAAAGAAAAUCGUUCUGUGAAACGACCCGGAGGAAGGGCCAGUGGAGUUUACAGAAGACACAAGAGUGCAGAUAAUGGACACAUGGAAAAUGACAGUAAAAGAGAUGACACUCAGCAUCAUCAGGGAAACCCCAGAUUUUUAGUGCAACUUUUUGCUAGAGAUAAAAUAGAGGAGAUUUUCAUUCUUUUUCGGGAAACUAUCUCACAUUACGGAAAACUGCUGUUAACACACUUGAUUCAUUGGCUGUUACUUUUCUUCAGAUUGAUAUUUUAUCUUGCUGUAGGAGGCUUUAAUUUAGCUUUAAUUGUAAUGUCUGCUGUCUUGCAUUGGCUGAAACUGAAGUUUUCAAAAGAUUCCCCUGACACCAAGGGCAGUUCUUGGAGUCCUAGAGACUCUUUACGUCGCCGUGUUGGACUGGAAGAAAAUAUUACAUUACCAUCAACAGGUGAAGAAGCAAUGAAAAGAUUAUUAGCUUGCAAAGGCAAAGAUCCUUACAGUAUAUUGGGUCUGCGUGCAGACUCAACAGAUGAAGAGAUCAAAAAAUACUACAGAAAACAAGCUGUGCUAGUACAUCCAGAUAAAAACCAAGAGCCAGGUGCUGAGGAAGCUUUCAAAAUUUUAGGCCAUGCAUUUGAAAUGAUAGGGGAUUCAUCUAAAAGGAAAACUUAUGACAGUCACACACAAGAAGCCAAUGAAGCAGAAGCAAUGAGAGAGUUUGCUGAGAUGCUAUCUAAACUACAGACCAAGAUUCAGGAGGCUGCAAAUAUCAUGCCCUGCGAUAACUGCCAUGGCAAGCAUCAGCGCUUUCCAGUGGAGAGACCUUUCUACAGUGCAAGGUUUUGUCAACGCUGCAAUGUGUUUCAUGCUGCAAAAGAGGGGGAUGUUUGGGCAGAGACCACAAUGCUUGGGUUUCGCUGGCACUAUUAUGCUCUGAUGGAGAAUCAUGUUUUUGAUAUAACACAAUGGAUGGCUUGUCAUAAGGAGUAUUUUAAACACAUGAAAGCUAACUACCACAAUGUUACUUAUAGAAUAGCUACAGAAGGAAACAAAAGAAAUAAACGCCAAGCAGGAGAACCAAGUCUAGAAGAUUUUAUCAACCACCUAAUCAAUAAAUCUGCUGCAGCAAGUGAAGGUCAGAGUUCAUCUUGGGGUCAGUCGCACACACCACCAGAUGACAACAGCUGGAAUCACAGCCAUCCUGGUACAACUGGUUCUAAACAGAAAGGCCGCCGCAAGAAGAAACGUUAAUGUGAUUCUCUCUGGCUGAACUCUCAUUCAGCCUUUGGGUCUUUUUACUUAUGACAUAAUAGUUAUAUGUUCUCUUUAUCUUAGUCUUAUUUUAUUUCCUGCCUGUAUCAUUAUUAUUGUGUCUAAACACAAGUACUUAUUGAAAUAUGGUCUGAAUUCUAUCAUCUUUUCAUUGACUUAAGAAGCUUAUGAAUAAUAAUAAUAAUAGUAAUAAAUAAAUAAAUGAAACAAUUGCAAUACUUCAAUGACUGUAAUCCAGUUCUAGUAUUUUUCUAGUUUUGUUCAAUGUUUACAUCAAUUAUAAAUGUAUUCAUUCUACACACACUACACAGUGAUUUAAAUUAUAUAUAAAUAUAUCUACACCAUACAUUUAGUGGCAUAUGCUUAUGUAUUGUAAAAACUCAUUGACAACUAGUACUAUUUAAUUGCUCAAACUAAUCAUUUAUCUGCUUGAGUAGAGACCUCAUUCACAUGGAUUUAGUGGGUGUGUCAAAAUUCAUGUGUACCUUUUCUUAAUUUUAUGCUAAUUGAAGUAUUAUGUUUAUUGACAAUAAAAGAGUGUUUGUUACUCUUCACAACCUAAAUUGUUCAAAAGACAAGGCAGUCCUUAAAUCUUUUUUUUUUUUUCUCAUCAUUUUAAUUUAAAAAAAAGAUUGAAUAUCUAGGUCUGUGUUAGAAUUUUCUUCAAUAAUGUAAUUUCCCUAUUUGUCAUGUUUUAUAGUCUGCUGCACUAGUGUUAUAGUCAGCUGCAGUAAAAAAAAUGUGCCUUUUCUUUUUUAAUAAGUGAGCAGCUUACAAUUUGUUUAAUGAUUUUGUAUUCAUCAGAACUACUUAACACCUUUUUUAAAAUAUAUAUUGUAUUAUUUUCGGUGAGGUUGUAUUUUUUGUUACCCUUAAGAGAUAUUAAGAUUAGUUGAAGCUUUUUUUGUUUUACUUGUGACUUAUAACAAACAAGUCAGAUAGACUUGAAAGAAAAUGUUUAUGAUGAGGCUAGUCUCAUGGAGUAGUGGUUCUCAACCUGAUAGGAUAUUUAUGAGAUUUUUCAGUUUGUAGACUGUAGAAAUUUCUAUAGUUUUUCUCUUAAUAAUGAGCUCUGUAUUGUGUUGGAAGGUUUUUAAAUCUGUGGUAUCAGAUUGUUCUGUUUCAACUGCAAUAACAUUUUUAGUGCUUUCACUAGGUAUCUAUCACCACCACCCCUUUUUUUAAAUUUUUUUUUCAAGAGGAGAAAUACCUCUACAUGUGGGAACCAUUGUUCUAAUGCGUAUUAGGUCUUAUAUAUUGUUUGCGCAUAAUGUUUUAAUGGAUGACUUUUUUUUUUUUGAAUAUUAUAGACUUUUUACAUGCAACUUUCUAUUUAUAGUCAUUUAUUUUUGUUCUCAUGUAUAAACACUUAUUACACUUUAUUUGAAAUUAAUCUUGUGUCUCCUAUGUAGCAUGGCAUAAUUACAUUUUAACAUUGCUGUAAGCUUAAGAGUAUUUUACAACAUAAAAUAAAUAAAACAGAAUCCAUAUAGUAUACAUUUUCAUGUCUGGAAUAAGUUUGUUCUAAAAUUAACAAAUAUAUAAAACGACUUUUCAAUUAUAUUCAAUAUUUGCUCUCAUAUGGAAGCCACAAUAUGUGUAAGAGCUGUCACAGAAAUUAUCUCUGUUUUUUCUUGAGGACUAUCUGGUCUGACCUAUUCUGAAUUAUUGUUAGGCAUCUUGGCUAACACAGACAUGCAGUAGCCAAAGUCUGAGAAUAUGAACACAGCAAGCUUCUUUACAGAGCCAUUAGACAAUAGGUUCAGGUCUGUUCUCAAUUGUUACGUGUAAAAUGCAAAUAGCAAUAGUAAAUCAUUAAUAUAGGGCAAAUCACUAAUUAGUCUUUAUGUGUUGUACAAGUUCUUUUUACAAUUACUUGUACAAUAACAAUAACCAAUUCUUCUACAUCAAUAAACAGUACUAAGUAUCUAUGAAUAUAUCUCUUUUAUUUUUUCUUUUCUAAAGCUGUAUGCAUUGACUCUUUUUUGUAGUUCUGAUUUCUUUGGUUUCAUGUAUUGUUAUGUUAGUUCUUAAACAUUGUUUUGUUUCUUAUUUCAUGUCUUUGUAACGAGUAAGUUACUUAUUGAAAUAUUAUUUCUACUUGUAUCUUAUGUACGAUUGGACAUACGUCUUAAUGAUGUUAUAAGAUUGCUUAAUUAUAUCAGUGGCCAACACCAAUGUUGCAGUUUUUUUUGUCUCCCCCUUUCCUAAUGACAUUGUAAUCCCUUGCACUAAACAUUUUGCUUCACAAUACUCAUGACUUGAAGUCAUCACUGGCUGGAAUACCUGGUGGUGAUGUCUGAAGAGUCUUUUAUUGAAAUUGGUUUUUUUAACUAACAAAGGUAAGUAGUUCACUAAAUGUUCACCAGACUGGUCGUUUGGUUGUCUUUAUGGUCCCAGGUUCAUAUCCAACCCACUGUUGUCAUGCAGGAGGUUUGGGCUAGAAUGUAGAAAGGGGAACAACUUCAAAACAUUUCUCUCCCCCCCCCCUUUUUCAUUUAUUGAUAUUUUGAUAGUAAUUUUGUUUUCCCUUCUCCUUAAAAUGGAUUUUUUCUUUCUGAUUAAAUGAACAUUUUUAAAAAUUCUAUUUUUACUUCUAUUUAAAUAGGGCUGUUUCACUGAAGCUUCCAUUUUGUUGCAUUUAUUUGUCAAGGCACUUACAAAAUAAUUGUGCACUUACCAGAAUAGCAUUCUCCCCUUAUGCUGCAGUCUCUCUCUCUCUGUAGACUAGUAGUUCUUUGUAUGACUGGUCCCAGACAGUUCUAAAUCUCAAUGUCUCUCCAACCCACUCAUGUUUUAGUUGUAAAUAAAUAUAGAAAUAAUGUCAGGGCUUGGGGUAAGGUUUAAAUCAUUGACUUCAUCAUCAGUUGCAAGUUGUUGGUUUAUAGGGUCACACUUUCUUCUUCCCCUCUGCUCCAAUGUUACAAAGUGAAAUAGCUUUAUAUCAAUCAUGGGUUCCAGGCCAUCCUUUGUUUUAUUAGCUUGUCUACCAAUGUGUCAUUGUAAGUGGCUGCUUGUCACCCACUUCAAAAACAGUAGCUGCACUGUUGCUACACAUCAAGGCUUUCUGCCACUAUAUUAAUAAACUGAACAGCCAUAAUGUCUGA